UUUAAUGCCACAGUUUUUUUUUUUAUUUCAAAAAAAGAGCCUCGGACGGAGAGAGAGGAGGGAAACCAGUCCAAGAUCCCUCCCUCUCUCUCUCUCUUCUCUUUCAUCGCACUGAAAACACUGGCCACCUCCCCUCUCUGGGCCAAAAAAUCCCAUCUGAGAAAAGAACGAACCCACCACCACUUUCUCUCCGUUUCUUGAUGAACGAAUAUGCAUGGAUAAAACCGUAAGUCCCUUCGAGCCCACCUUCAAGAAAGCUCACUCUCUCUGUCUGCGCUCCACUAUGGCAUCCUCUCCCCUCUUCUUCCUCCUCCUCUUCCCCCUCCUCAUCUCCGCCACGCCGCCGCCACCGGCGGCGCUGCCAGGGAACCGGACGCCGGAGACCCAAGCGGAGAUCGACGCCCUCACCGCCUUCCGCGUCGCCCUCCACGACCCCCUCGGCGCACUCGACGGAUGGGACCCUUCCUCCCCCUCCGCCCCCUGCUCCUGGCGCGGCGUCCUCUGCUCACCCACCUCUGCCCCCCCACGCGUCGUCGAGCUCCGCCUCCCACGCCUCCGCCUCUCCGGGCCCAUCUCCGACCGCCUCGCUGCUGGCCUUCCCUUCCUCCAAAAGCUCAGCCUCCGCCAGAACUCCUUCUCCGGCCCCAUUCCCGCCUCCCUCUCCCGCCUCUCUCGCCUCCGCUCCCUCUUCCUCCAGUUCAACUCCCUCACCGGGCCCCUUCCCCCCUCCAUCCUCGCCAACCUCUCUGACCUCCAGGUCUUCGACGCCGCCGGCAACCUUCUCACCGGCGGCGUCCCCACCGCCCUACCCGCCCCCCUCCGCUUCCUCGACCUCUCCUCCAACGCCCUCGCCGGCCCCAUCCCGGGCAACCUCUCCGCCGCCGCACCCCGCCUCCAGCUCCUCAACCUCUCCUUCAACCGCCUCCGCGGCACCCUGCCUCCUUCCCUCGUCCGCCUCCGCUCCCUCCUCUACCUCUGGCUCGACUGGAACCGCCUCGAGGGCCCCAUCCCCGCCGUCCUCGCCAACUGCUCCUCCCUCCUCCACCUCGGCCUCCAGGGCAACGACCUUCAAGGCAUCCUCCCCGCCGCCCUCCCCGUCAUGCGCUCCCUCCAGGUCCUCUCUCUCUCCCACAACCGCCUUUCCGGCCCCCUCCCCUCCUCCCUCUUCUCCAACUCCUCCCUCCGCAUCGCCCAGCUAGCCGACAACGCCUUCACCGCCCUCUCCCCGCCGCCGCCGGCCAACGCCUCCUCCGCCCUCCAGGUCGUCGACCUCAAGGCCAACCGGCUGGCCGGCCCCUUCCCGGCGUGGCUCGCCGAUCUCUCCGGCCUCGCCGUACUGGAUCUUUCCGGCAACGCCUUCUCCGGCGCCCUCCCGCCUGCGAUCGGGCGGCUGUCAGCGCUGCAGGAGCUCCGGGUCGGGGGCAACUCCAUGGCCGGCCCCAUCCCGCUAGAGAUCGCGCGAUGCGGCGCCCUCCAGUUUCUUGAUCUUGAGGAGAACCGCUUCUCCGGCGAGAUCCCCGCGGUUCUUGGAGGGCUCGCCAUGCUAAGGAACCUCUAUCUCGGCGGGAAUCUCUUCUCCGGGAGGAUUCCGGCGAGUCUUGGCAAUCUUUCCUGGCUGGAGACCCUCUCCCUCGGCAAGAACCGGCUUACUGGCGGCGUGCCGGAGGAGCUGACGCGGCUGAGCAACCUGACCUUCUUGGACCUCUCCGGGAACGGAAUCUCCGGCGACAUCCCGUCCGGCAUCGAGAAUCUUGCAGGGUUGAAGAGCCUGAACCUGAGCAAAAACGGCUUCUCCGGCAGCAUUCCGGCGGCGAUCGGGAGCCUCCUGAACCUAAAGGCAUUGGAUCUCAGCGGGCAGAAGAACCUCUCUGGCGAUCUUCCGGCAGAGCUCUUCGGGCUGCCGGACCUUCAGGUGAUCUCUCUUGCCGAGAACUCGUUUUCCGGCCAAGUCCCCGAGGGUUUCAGCAGCCUGUGGAGCUUGCAGCAUCUCAACCUCACGGCCAACUCCUUCUCCGGCCCGAUCCCGGCGACCUACGGCUACCUCCAGUCCCUUCAAGUCCUGUCUCUCUCCGGCAAUCACAUCUCCGGCGAGAUCCCCGCAGAGCUCGCCAACUGUUCCAAUCUCACCAUUCUCCAGCUCCGGUCCAACGAAUUGUCCGGCCCCAUUCCGGCGGACCUUUCCCGCCUCUCCAAUAUCGUGGAGCUCGACUUCGGCCAGAACAAUCUCUCCGGCGAGAUCCCGCCGGAAGUUUCCAACUGCUCGUCGCUGGUCACGCUCCGGCUGGAUGGCAACCAUCUCUCAGGUGACAUCCUCGACUCCAUCUCCAAUCUUUCCAAACUCCAGACGCUCGACCUAUCUGCCAACGAUCUCUCCGGCCCCGUCCCUUCGUCCUUGGCUCGCAUCUCCGGGCUGGUACGGCUCAAUGUCUCGGAGAACAACCUCAGCGGCGAGAUUCCUGGGAUGCUGAGCUCUCGCUUCGGGGACCCGUCGGCGUUCGCCGGAAACCCGGACCUGUGCGGGCCGCCGCUGGAAGCGGAAUGCAAAGGUUCGCGGAGGAGGAAGCGGCGCAACUUGGUCCUGUUGAUCGGCCUGGUGGCAGGCGCCGUCCUUAUUCUGGUCCUCUUCUGCUGCUGCUUCGUGAUCACCCUGUUGAGGUGGCGGAGCCGCUUCCUCGCCAGCAGAGCCGGCGUCAAGAAGCGGAGCCCAGGGAGGGGCAGCGGGUCGAGUGGGAGUGGAGAGAAUGGCGGUGGCGGGCCGAAGCUGGUCAUGUUCGACAACCGGACCACCUACGCGGACACGGUCGAAGCGACGCGGCAAUUCGACGAGGAGAACGUGCUCAGCCGCGGCCGCCACGGGCUGGUGUUCAAGGCCUGCUACAACGACGGCACCGUGCUAUCCAUCCUUCGCCUGCCUUCGACUUCGGCCGACGGGGCGAUCGUGAUCGAGGAGGCGGCGUUCCGGAAGGAGGCAGAGUCGCUGGGGAAGGUGAAGCACCGGAACCUCACAGUGCUAAGGGGUUACUACGCCGGCCCGCCGCCAGAUGUUCGACUGCUGGUCUACGACUACAUGCCCAACGGCAACCUCGCGACGCUCCUCCAGGAGGCGUCCCACCAGGACGGCCACGUCCUCACCUGGCCCAUGCGCCACCUCAUCGCCCUCGGCGUGGCCCGCGGCCUCGCAUUCCUCCACGCCUCCGGCGUCAUCCACGGGGACGUCAAGCCGCAGAACAUACUGUUCGACGCCGACUUCGAGGCGCAUCUGUCGGACUUCGGGCUGGAGCGGAUGGUGGUGACGGCCGGGGCGGCGGAGGCGGCGGCUGUGGCGUCGACGUCGUCGACGCCGGUGGGGUCGCUGGGGUACGUGGCGCCGGACGCGGCGGCGGCGGGGCAGGCGACGAGGGAGGGGGACGUGUACAGCUUCGGGAUCGUGCUGCUGGAGCUGCUGACGGGGCGGCGGCCGGGGAUGUUCGCGGGGGAGGAGGAGGACAUCGUGAAGUGGGUGAAGCGGCAGCUGCAGCGGGGCCAGAUCUCGGAGCUGCUGGAGCCCGGGCUGCUGGAGCUGGACCCGGAGUCGACGGAGUGGGAGGAGUUCCUCCUCGGGGUGAAGGUGGGGCUCCUCUGCACCGCCCCCGAUCCCCUCGACCGGCCCUCCAUGGCCGACAUCGUCUUCAUGCUCGAGGGCUGCCGGGUGGGCCCGGACGUCCCCUCCUCCGCCGAUCCCACCUCCCAGCCUUCCCCCGCCUGACACCGGUCUACGGCUCUUCGCGUCCUCUUCUCCGGCCAUUGUUUUUUGUUUUGUUUUGUUUUGUUUUGUUUUUUUGGGGGGGGGGGGGGGAGGGGGGCUUCCCUUCUCUCGCAUUUUCUCUGAAAAAAAAAAGGAAUUAUUUCCGUUUCGUUGUAGGAUUUUUCCCGUUUUCCGGUUUUUCCGUUGUUGUUGCCUCUUUGUUUGUUCUUUUAAUAUGUUUUUUUUAUAGCCCCCAACGGAUUGGAUGCCGAACGGCGCCGCAGAGGAAGGUGGGGCAGGAAAGCACGUACGGCAUGGUCAAAGUGACUCUUCUGUGGGGGCCCCCCGCAUCGGCUGCCUCUUGCUCGCUCGGAACCUUUCUCCCGCCGGAAGGAAGAGGGCCACGUAGGGCGAGGGCCUCGUGAAGUAGCCGUUGGGGCAGCCCCCGGCCCAGGCGCUGCGUUCCUGUGUUUAAAUUUUUUUAUGCGCGCACUCCUAGCGAGUGGUGGUGGUGAUGGUGGAGGGAGCUUCUGUCCUAGUGGUCAGGCCGGCUUCGAGUACCGUACCAAUGGUGGUUGAGGGUUGGGAUCGUAGGAUUCCAUCUCACCGGCUUGCUUUUCUGGAAUCGACGAGUACCAGGGGGUGAGAUGGGGGCCCACCGUAGAUUUGUCUUUUUCAAUUAAUUGUAUAAAAAUUUGUGUCGUAUGCCGAUGGGGACGGGAGGUAAUACUGCUAGUGGGGGUGGGAGGUGCUGAAACCUUUAUUGAUUGGAAUUGUAUCAUUUGUUCUUUCUCUUCCAA